AGUCGCUUGUGUUUCGCUCCUUCCUCCUCCGUGCUUUGGAGCCGGAUACGGCCCCGGAAACCCAGCCCGCAGACGCAGCUUUUCUGCUGCGUGGGGGCUGCGGCCCGCGGAAAGGGAGAGGCGGUUGGCUUAUUCUCAGGUCCCGAAGUGCUGUGCUUUCGCGGCCGUCCGGCGCGACACACUCUCCAGACCCAGUAUGUAGGUGCCGGGCGGCUGCCAUGAACUCCGGAGCCAUGAGGAUUCAUAGCAAAGGACAUUUCCAGGGUGGAAUCCAAGUCAAAAAUGAAAAAAGCAGAACAUCUUUGAAAUCUCUAAAAACCGAUAAUAACAAACCAGAAAAAUCCAAAUAUAAGCCACUUUGGGGAAAAGUAUUUUACCUGGACAUACCUUCUGUCUCAAUAUCUGAAAGACUGCAAAAAGACAUUAAAGAUCUUGGAGGGCGGGUUGAAGAAUUUCUGAGCAGAGAUAUCAGUUAUCUUAUUUCAAAUAAAAAGGAAGCUAAAUUUGCACAGUCCUUGGGUAGAAUUUCUCCUAUACCAAGUCCAGAAUCUGUGUAUACUGCAGAAACCACUUCACCUCAUCCCAGCCAUGAUGGAAGUUCAUUUAAGUCUCCAGACUCAGUGUGUUUAAGCAGAGGAAAAUUAUUAGUUGAAAAAGCUAUCAAGGACCAUGAGUUUAUUCCUUCAAAUAGUAUAUUAUCAAAUGCCUUAUCAUGGGGAGUAAAAAUUCUUCAUAUUGAUGACAUCAGAUACUACAUUGAACAAAAGAAAAAAGAAUUGCAUUUACUCAAGAAAUCAAGCACUUCUGUAAGAGAUGUGGCGAAAAGAGCUGGUACACAGAAAACAAGAACAGGUAGACUGAAAAAGCCUUUUGUAAAGGUGGAAGAUAUGAGUCAGUAUUUGUCUUUUUAUUCUUUCAGACUAUAUAGGCCAUUUUAUCUUCAGUUGACCAACAUGCCUUUUAUAAAUUAUUCUAUUCAGAAGCCCUGUAGUCCAUUUGAUGCGGAUAAACCAUCUUUCAUCCAAAAGCAAACUCAGGUUAAACUAAGAAUCCAAACAGAUGGUGAUAAAUAUGGUGGAACCCCAGUUCAACUCCAUUUGAAAGAGAAGAAAAAAAAAGGAUAUUGUGAAUGUUGCUUGCAGAAAUAUGAAGAUCUCGAAACUCAUCUUCUAAGUGAGCAGCACAGAAACUUUGCACAGAGUAACCAGUAUCAAGUUGUUGAUAAUAUUGUAUCUAAGUUAGUUUUUGAUUUUGUGGAAUAUGAAAGGGACACGCCUAAAAAGAAAAGAAUAAAAUACAGUGUUAGCUCCCUUUCUCCUGUUACUGCAAAGACUAAACCAAGAGAACACCUAGAACUGCAAUAUGUUUCUCAGAAGGACUUCAGGGAGAAUAAAGCUGGGCAGAUGAUCAAGCAAAAUUUCCUGUGUAAAGAAAUCCAGGAACCUGAACAGAAAUUUACGUUUAUUUCAGAACCUAUCUCCUGCCCUUCAAGUGAACUGAGAAGACUUGAUAAGAAAAAGACUAACAAAUAUUCCAUGUUAAAUCCAACUGAAAAUGACACAAACCAGAAUUUUAUGCAGCUACCUUCCCGUAAAAAUAAACAAGGAUGCAUUCUUGAUGUUUCUGAACAUAAAUGCAUUAUAAAUGAAAGUUAUUUAGAAGAACUAAGGGUGGAUGAUUGUCCAUGUGGGCUACAGGCAUCUAUACACUUUUGUAAUUUCAAUAAGAAUAAUAGUGCAUCUCAACUGAAACAAAAGUCAGAUACUAUGCUUUUUCCAGCAAAGGAUCUGAAGGAAAAGGACCUUAAUUCAACAUUUGGUCGUGAUUCUGGUCUCGUAGCAAUAAAUAGUUCACAAGAGCACCUAACGAUUCAGGCAAACAAUCCAUCCCAUAACCCUCUCGUUGAACCAAAUGAUUGUGACACCAAGAAUGUGGAAUGUUUACCUUCUGGUAAAAUCCAUCGAAAAGUGAAAAUAUUAUUUGGAAGAAAUAAAAAAGAAAAUCUGGAACCAAAUGUGGAAUCAAAAAAGAAAAGAAAUGAGUUUCUUACUACACAAGAAGAAAACAGAAUUUGUAGUUCACCAGUACAGUCUUUAUUGGACUUAUUUCAGACUAGUGAAGAAAAAUCAGAAUUUUUGGGCUUCAAGAGCUAUUCUGAAAACAGUGGCAUGUGUGAUGCUAUAGAUAUUGGGGGAGAAGAAAAUUCAAAUGAUCUGUUGUCAAUGUUUUUUUCUUCUCCUUCUACUUCUACAUUUGCUGGCUUUUAGUCUUCAAACAAUUUAUACUUUUCAGAAAUGAUAAGGAUCAUAUUCUUGAAAUUUUUAUAAAUAUGUAUAAAAAUUCUUAAGAAUUUUUUGCCAACUUUGU